AUCAGUACUAUUCUCAUUCGGAUGGUUAGCGUACGUUCUUUGUUUAUUUCAUAUUUCAGAAACUCAUCUAUAAUUUAAUCUGAAAGAUGGCUGACGAACUGAACCGAGUAUUUCUGUGGGGCAUCCCUCGAUCGAUGAGCACGGCUUUCAUCAAGUGUUUCAGUUACGUCGAUGGGAUCCAGAUAGCAGCCCAGCUCUACGCAGAUGCUCACUACUACGGACCUGACGCCAAGCUACCUGUCGGUGGUCCACAAGAUCCGAUGGGGAGUAAAAUGAAUCAACUAAUUCAGAGAGACUACAAGAAAAGUCAGAUGGGUUCCUCGGGGUCAGAUUCAAGCGUGAUGUCUUUUGAAUCCAUCCGUGACAUCUUAGAAGCACCCUACCCUGACAAGAAGGUCUUGUUCUGCAAAGACCAGGCCCAGUAUCUGCAUGGCCGGUACGACAUGCUUCCUCGGGGCUUCAAGUACAGUUUCAUUAUUCGACACCCGCACAAGUUGUUUCCGUCUUACAGGAAACUUCUGUUGGAUUACUGGGGCAAUUUCACUGACAUGAGAAGCCUGCCUCCCAUUCUGUUUCCUCCCGGCUGCGGUUACAAGGAGCUCUACGAUUUGUUCGAGUACGUCCGGGAGAACAUCGACCCCUCGCCGGUCAUACUGGAUGCCGACGAUCUGCUGCAGGACCCGGCGGGGAUCUUGUCGACCUACUGCUCCAAGAUGGGAAUACCGUACUCCGACAAGCUGCUGUCUUGGGAAGCGGGAGAAGACGUCGUCGAUCAAUGGCUUUGCACGAAGAUCUUGUUGGCCCACACUGCCGCCUACAGUCACGUAUUCGCCAGUGAGGGAUUUGGUGCGCCCACCCCCGUCCCUAUACUCGCCAGUUUACCGGAUGAUGUACAGGCGUGUGUGAGGUACAGCAUGGGAUACUAUGAACACCUCCAUCAUCGGAGGAUUGUUGCAAAUACUGACAAUUUGUAAUGUUAAAUGUGUGAUGAAUCGAAACAAACACAUUGAACAUCCUCACUUAAUCAAGUUUUGUCUGUUAGUUGUAAGAAUUGUAAAGGCAGGUCAAUUUUUUUCAUCAGUUGACGUUUGCUAAUUGUAGUACUAUUGGAGGGGAGGGGGUUAAUUCCAAGUGUUGAGAGUGUAAGGUGUAAACCAGGGUCAACAAUAUUGUGCUUACAUUUAUAGAAACAUAUGAAUUAGAAUGAAUUCGGAAAUUGAAGCUCUUCAAAACCAAAUGAUUUUAAAGGUAAAUAGAAAAUAAUGUAUAAUUGCCCCCACACAAACCCAAAAUCAAAGAAGCUUGAAUGUGUGAAGGUAUUUCUCGAAAUACAGCAACAAUUAAAGUCUGUUUGUGGAAUAUUGAUCCGUUUUUGUAAAUCAGUAAUAUUUUCUUGCGAAAACUUUCCCUAGAUUCAAGG